AUGUACCUACCUGAACCUCAACGCCAAUGCACUUGUCAUGAAAAUGACCCACCUCCUUGGACCGGAGAAAUCCACGGCCUCAGUCAAGUUUCCAUGAAGUUGACUUCUGAGAAGGAGUUUGAUCAUUUUUAGGCUCUUCUAAGCGAAACUUUACCAAUGAAAGCUUUUUGGUGGAUUGUAAUGGUUACGUGUAUCUCAUUUGGGGCUGUCACAACUUGUUUGGUAAUUAUUGAAUAUAUCAAUGGCCCCACUGCGACAUCAACUACAAUUCGAUUGGUUUGAAUUGAAACCAAACUUUUUACAAAUUUAGUGCUUCAGGUUGACAGUCUGGAGCUUCCAGCCAUCACAAUUUGCCCAAAAGUGCCUGACUCUUUCAAUCGAACUGGUUUGAUUGGAGACGUUACCAGUAGUUUACCUGAAAUUGAUGAUAAGACGGUUUUGGAUUUGAUAAGGUGCAGUGAAUUUUGAUAUUGGGUGUUUUAAAACAAGUCAUUUUGUCGUAUGAUGGUUCAAAAUUACGAAAGAUCUGAAAAUUUCAUUGACUUUCGAAAGAUCUCUUCAACUUCUUUGGGCUGAUUUUCGUGAAGGGAAAAUGACGAUUUUUGAUUGUCUUUUGAAGAGUUGGAGAGUGACAAAGAGACAGAAAUUAUGAAACUGUUUUUUUCUCGAUAAUUUUUUUCUGUCGGUUGCUCGAGAGAGAUACAAAAUUUCAAAAAAAUUUUUUUUCUUGAAUCAGAAAAAAAUCUGGAUUUUUUUAUAACUCUAAAACUGACUGCUGAGCAAGUUUUUUUAUUUUGAGGAAGAAAAUUGAAGUUUCUCACAUCUCAUCAAUUUUCCAGAUUCUUCAUAGCUGGAAGCGGUUUAGAAAAUAUGAACGACGUUCCUUACUUCAACCGAACUUAUUUAAGUUACUUGAACAAUUUGUACAAAAUUUGGUCCGAAGGCUACACGGUUGGCGAAUUUUUCGACCUCAUACAGGUUUGAUUCAAUUUUUCACUGCUUGAUAAAAAUUUCAAACUUUUUUUUCAGAAUCGAUACGGUUAUAAAUGUGAGGAUCUUUUUUACGAGUGUGAAUUUGGUGGAAAAACGAUAGACUGUUGUUCGGAUUUGAUGGUGAGAAUGCCGGUAAUGAGACGAGGGAUCUGCUAUCAAACAAGGGUUUGGGUCAAUCAGGUUGGUUUUUUUUAACCAGGAGCAUUUUUUAACCCGGGACUUCAUGAAAUGGCGAAACACGCAAACUGUGACAAAAUAGCGCUAUUUCAAGCUUUUGAAGUGUCUCAACUCGAAAACCAGGCCUAGUGCAAGAAAUUUUCCUUCUUGUUUUAAAAUUAGGAGGUCUCAAAGAACCCUUUUAAAAGUUUAGAUUCGAAUUUCAACUGUGAUAGAAACGUUAUAUUGAACAUUUUGUAAGAACCUUAUUUUUUUUCAGACUGAAGCUGAUGACAUCGGCCGUAUAGUUUUCCAUUUGAAAGCUUCUUCCAGUGUCACCUACCCAGACUACAAUUAUACUCAAGUUCGAAAUUUUUGGUUUUUAAAUGAAAGAAAUGCAAAUUACCACUUCUUGAAAAAUAUCCGGCAAAUAAAGCCUCAUGCUUUUUUUAGCAAAAAUUUUUUUAUAGCGAAAUCAUGAAACCAGAUGGAGCUUGGCUAAAGUUUACUUUGAGAACGAUGGCAAGAAAAAGUGGAGAAAAAGAAAAAUAUGAAUAGAAUAAACUGUUUAGAAUUAUGAUUCAUCUAUAUUUGUUUUGAUUUUUAUUUCUUUAAAAAUUCUCUCGAUUCAUGGAGUUUUCUUUUUGAGCCUUGUCUGACUUCGAGUUUCGAGACUGAUUUUGAAAAAAAUUGAGUGGUUUUUUUAUACAGCUUUAUUGAAGAACGCGAAGUGAAACUCCCUUUUUUGGAGCUUCCGGCCAAAAAAAGUAUUUUAGUUUGAAAGUUUGAUUUUUCAGCUUAAACGCAGAAUUUCGGGAAAAAUUUUUAGACCUAGCUUCGAUUUUUCAAGCUGCUUUUUUACGCGGGAUUCUUCAUAAAUAACCUUUUUUUCAGCCUCAAAUAAUCGUUUACAUAACCGACAAUCAUGACUUCAUCACGGACUUUCCUCGAUUCUACCUCUACCCACACGAAUGGAACAGAAUGAGGUUCACUGCAAGAUAUAUCGAACUUAUUCAAAAACGAAGAUGUCUGUACUAAUCAGGUGAAUGAUUUUUUUGUUGAAUUCAAUUUUUAUCAAACUUUUAGCUUUUCGGUAAAGACGCUGAAUGUAUGGUUCGAAAAUGGCUAAUGUCAAAUGUAGUGCUGCCUUUCAACUGCACUCUGCCUUACUUACAAAAUAUUCCGGAGCUUCCGCCAACUGAAGGCGUCUGUCGGCCGGAUAUCUUGGCGGACAAUUAUUUGAACACAAUUCAGUUGAUUUUCAACAGCGCUGAAGUUAAAGAAAAGGUCGGGGUUUUUUUGAAACAACGUUUCGUUUUAUUUGAGGUACAUAGUAGAAAAAAUUCCCGUUCAAAAAAAUUCGAGAGAAUGAUUUAAUUUUUGAUGAAAAUUGGACCCUUCAAAAAUGUUUUCCUAGGUUUUUUUUGGAGAUAUUUUAAAUAGUUUUGACCAAAAAAGGUCGUUUAAUUUGCGAUUGGAAACUUUGCAAAGUUUUGAAAUUUCGUUAAAAUAUUCCUUAAUAAACCAAAUAAAGUUCGUGAAAGUCUUAAUUUGUACAAAUUUUUUUAAAAAAAAAUAAGAACCCAAAGUCUUAAAAUGGCUCAUUUUUGCAAAAUUUACUUUAACUCUCAAGUUUCCUUUUUCAAUAACUAGAAUUUUGUGCAAAUUGGGACGGUCAGCAUCUUUUUCUGGUGCGUCAGAAGUGUUCUGGCCUAUUUUCAUAAGUAUCCUAACCGAGAAGUCGAAUGACCUUUUUCAUAAAAGAAAUUCCGAUGAGUUAUCUUUGAACUUUGAAUCCGAAGCUUCCAAGCCAAAAAGAUCAACAUGUUUCCCAUAUCUUUCGAAAGCAGACACAGGAAAGACUGCAAUACAUUACUCCCCAGAUGUCAUUAUUCAUUCCAGAAUAACUACGUUCUGUCCAAUUGCGACAUGAUGAAUGACCAAAAAUAACUUUGGAGAGGAGGAAAAAAAAAGUUUUGCAGUGCACGCCGGGAUGCAAACGCUGGGAUUACCAAACGUCGAUGCAACAAAGUCAGACCCUUUCUCCGUUUGAGAAUUACGUUUUUAACCUUGAAGCUUCGUUCAACGACUUGCAAGUAAUCUUUUCAUCUAUUAUCAAUCCAUUGUUUGGCUGAAUUUCUUUUUAUGGAACUUUGAGAAGAUGUUGGCUUUUAAAGAAAGGGAAGUGUUACAAGAAAGGCAAAUUUUCAAGCUUUCGAUUUUUCAGAGACCUCACAAACUUUCUUUAACUUUUUGCGGGACUUCUUGGAGAGAUAUUUUAUCAACUUCCCUUCAAAUCCCAAAUUUUCUCUGUUCUUCGGCAGUCUUUCAAACUUUGAUUGAAAAAAAUGACGAAAACGAGAGAUUUCGAAGCAGGAAUCUGGUCUACUUCUUCAAAAAAAAAGUCUUGAAAGCUGAUGAAGGGAUGAAAACUUGAUUUUAAAAAAUACAUCAUUGAAGUUUUAGGUUUGUGGCUGAGAACGCAGGAUUAUCAAACUACUGUUAUUGUUUAUGUAACUUUUUCAUAUUGACCAAAUUUUACAUUGAAAUUUCCUCUCCCAAUAUCCCAAAAAAAUGUUCCCACUUAUCAUUAAUCUCACAAAACUACGAUUUUUUUGUAUUCUGAAGCAAAAAAGAACAUCUCCGGCAGGAAAACUGCCUAGCAGUUCAAAGAUCUCAUAGAUUUGAAAAUUUUCUGUUCCAUAAUUUCCCACAUAAUUUUUCUUGAAGCAUAAUCUUUUUUUCUUUUUAAACUUGAAUGUAUUUUUUUGAACAAUUUCCAAGAAGUCUAGAUUCAUAUAAUUCGAUUUUUUUCAGAAGGAUUGACUUGGCAAUAGAAAAAGACGGCUUGGAUGGAAAACCAUCUAUUUUCUUUGCUAUAACCUUCAAUUUUUCUCACGAUUUUGAUGGUCGGUUGAGAAACUGAAGAGAUUUGCAAGAAUCCUUAUUCCUGUCCCUAGGAUUCAAGCUGAAAAAAAUUUUGCCUCUUUUUUUAUCAAUUAUUUUGCUAGAAUUCAAAAACACUAAAAAAACCUUUUUACCUAUACUAAUAACGCAUUUUGAAUCUCCGUUACUUGGCAAAAACAUAGCAAAGAAAAAAAUGAAAGAAAAAUGUUUGCAAAGAUUCGUCAAAUUCCCAAACGGCCGCAAAAAUCAAUUUUUCUCGUAAAAAUUAUUUAUGAGAAACAAAAACCAUUCUUGAAAGUCACAUGAGAGAUGAAAUUUACAUUUUGAAAUAUUCUCAUCCCUGAUAUUUUUUUCCGUUUUAUUCAUGUUUCUUUCGUUUUCUUCCACCAAAAACUCUUUUCGGAAACGAGUAAAUUUUUCCAAUUUCCAAAUUAAUUUCUUUCUUUUCUUGUCCCUUUGAUAGCAACUACAAGUAUUUUUGAGUGCAAGGAGUGGAAGUAACUUCUCUUUCUGAAAAAAAAGUUUUUUGAACUCGAGGCCAUUUUCUGUGCCUCGCACUUCCUUUUUAGUUUCACAUCCUCUAAUUUCUUUUUUUACACCAAAAUAAAACCAAAUUUAAAACUUUUUUUACUUUCUUUCAUCUCAUUUUCCAUGAGUUUCUAGUUCGAAAAUGGGAAUGAAUUGAAAAAUUUUUUUCAAAUUAAAUAGCAAAAAAAUUCAUUAUCGACCUUGAAAAUGUUUUUUUGGAAAUCUCAAAAGAGAUCUCCAUUUUAAGAAUUUUGUAUCUCGCAGUUUGCGGAAAGAAUUUCCGUGGAACAAAAAAAGGAUUUUCUGAAUGAGACGCUUAAAAACAAGAAAUCAUGAGAUUCGUUUCCCUCCUCUAGCUGUCAAAAACUUGGACUACUAGUUCACUUUUUUAGUUUCCGUUGUUUCUUUUCAUUUGAUUUCCAAAUUUCAGUUCUAACCCAAACUUUUUCAGUACGAAUACGUGAAAGAAGUGUACACAACGUCGGUUCCUGGGUUUAUGUCCCAAAUUGGAGGUUUUUUCCAAGAAAAUUACCCUCUCAUAUCUGAGAACGGCUUCAGGGCAAUUUGGCUUCUUUCUUGGGCUUUCGAUAAUCACUCUUCUUCAAAUGGUUAUUUACGGAGUUCACACGGCGUUCCAGUUCAUCCGCAAGAGGAUUUUGAAACGGGUUCCUUUUGCUAAGGUUCACCCGGUCAACGCUGAUGGUGAGUAUUAAAAUGAAAAUCAGAAAAAAUUUUUUCAAGACGACAAAAAAUUUCAAAACUUGGAGACAACUGGUUUUUAAAAAGUAAAAAGGUGAACAAAGUAUCUUUUACAUUGACAGAAAGUUUUCAGAAGGCCCGCUUUUGAAAGAGCUUAAGAAUUUGGGGAAUCUGAACUGAUGUUGGUGUUUAAUUUUCUUCUCCCAACAACAUAAAUAUAGUGUUUCUAUAAUUUUAAUGCUUACAAAUGCAAUCAUUCCAAUCAAAAAAAUCAACAGAACUAUAUGUUAUGACAAAAUGCAAGCUAUGUGAGAAAAAAGAUCAAACAUCCUAGCUGAAAAUUGAAACAGGUAGAAUCAUUUCAAAACCGCGAGUUUCAGAACUUUUUGCCUCGCCAGUGAGAAAAAAGCUAGAUUCUCGAAGUAUCUUUUUUUGAAUCAGAGGAGGAACUGGUUAAACUUCUACGGUGUUUGUGUAGUACAUUCAGAAGAUUUCGAUUUGAUUUUUACACCAAAAUUUUGAAUGGUAUAAUGAUUUUAGUUUCAUUUGAAAAAAGUAUAAAACAUGUAUCAGAUUCCUUUUUAGACAAGAACGUCAAAGUAAUCAGCCACGUCCAUUCAAUCUACCCGCCAGAGGUCGACGAAGCCAACGACAGGGUCGCCACUCUAUCCAGGAGAAUCCUUCACAACGUCACAAAUCCUCCCAGUCCAGUCUCCACAAUCAUUGAUUCGGUUGAUCUGCCGCCAGAUUGGGGUGCUCAACAUCUCAACAGGAUGCAGACCAAUCCAAUCUUCCGCGAAAAAAGCACUUCCGUCGAGAGUUCGCCUUGA